AUGACCGCAGAGGGGUGCAGCGUGAGCCGGGACCUGUUGUUUCAGGAGCCGGUGACCUUUGAGGACGUGGCCGUGUACUUCACUCAGAAUGAGUGGGACAUCCUGGACCCUGUGCAGAGGGUUGUCUGCCUCUACCUUUUCAGCAUCCUGUCCUCUUUCUUCCUUAGACUUUGGGGUGAGACCAGAAUUGAGAAGGAAAAAUCCACUCCAAAGGAACACAUUGCCAAAGAAUCAGAGUCCCGCAGACUGACACUGGCAGGGCUGCCAGGGAAUGUGCCCCAGGACCUUGAUCUUGGGAGCAGCCCAGGGCAGCAGCACAGCCACUGGGUAGUUACGAAGGCAGAGUCAGAGAGGAGAAAUUUCACUGAUGGGUCAUUCCAGUAUCAUGAGGCCCAGGCUAUUGAGAGUGGGGAGAAGUGUGAGAAAUUGGCAAAAAACAUUAGCGUCAACACACAACUCGCCGCGAAUCAGCCAGGUCCUGGUGGUCAGAUACCUUAUGAAUGUAGAAAAUGUGACAGAUACUUCAGUCAAAUGGCUGACUUCCACCGACAUCAGAGGUGUCACACUGGUGAAAAGUCUUUUGGAUGCAAAGAAUGUGGGAAAGACUGCAGAUGUAACUCCUAUAACCCACUACUUACUCGGCAUCAGGUAGUUCACACUGGAAAGAAACGACUUAAAUGUAAAGAGCAUGGGAAAGGCGUAAGUUCAGACACAGCCUUGAUUCAGCACCAGAGAAUCCACACUGGAGAGAAGCCCUAUGAGUGUAAGGAGAGCGGCAAGGCCUUCAGUAGCAGCUCCGUCUUCCUCCAGCACCAGAGGUUCCACACUGGGAAGAGACUCUAUGAGUGUGAAGAGUGUGGGAAGCAACUGAGCUCCAACACAGCCUUGACUCAGCAUCAGCGCAUUCACACCAGGGAGAAGCCUUUCGAAUGUAAGGAGUGUGGGAAGGCAUUCGUUCAGAAAUUCACCCUGGUUCAGCACGAGCGAGUGCACUCUGGUGAGAGACCUUACGAGUGUAAGGUGUGUGGGAAAACCUUUAGCUGGUGUGGAAGAUUCUUUCUACAUAAGAAACUCCACACGCAGAAGGCAUCAGUCCAGGAGGAGGACUAGCCACAGCUGGGCUCACUGCCUCUCCUGGUGUCUCCCCGUCUUCAUGUUUUUUGUCAGUGUCAUCGCUGUUCUUCCUGGACUGUGCUCAUUCUUUUUUCAAAAAAAUCCUCACCCAAGGAUAUGUGUAUUGAUUUGAGAGGGAGAGGGAGAGAGGGAGAGAGAAACAGCGAUGUGAGAGAAACAGUGAUCGGUUGCCUUCCGUAUGUGCCCCAACUGGGAUUUAACCCACAACCUAGUUAUGUGUCCUGACUGGGAAUUGAACCCACGACCUUUUGGUGUAUGGGACCAUGUUCCAACCAACUGAGCCACCUGGCCAGGGCUGUACUGUACUGUGCUAAUUCUUAACUGUAUGCCUCUGUUCCUACAGCUCUGCGUAACUGGAAUGCCCACUUCUCUCCUGUCCCACUAAGAUGUUUAAUUCAGACUCUUGGCUUCCCCAAAUUCUCUGAGCCCUUGUUUCCCCAACAUGAACUUUCUUUACAGUUAGAAAAGACAAAAGAACAAAUCUCAAAACUUACAAACAUGAAAGGAAUGUAAGUUUCUAGACUGGAAGGCUAUACUAAGUGCCCAGCAAGACUGAUUAGAAUACCAGGUUUGAAGAGAUCCUAAAAAGUAUCUAGAGAGAAAAAACAAAAAAUCAGGGGGGAAAAUAA